AUGUUCUCUAACACCAGCCUCGACAGCCUCGUCCCGCUCAUUGAGCUGAUCGGUAAGAACCUCGACCUGGAGGAUUUGCGAUCCCUCCGACUGACCAACAAGACUUUCUCUCAGAUCGCCUUCCUCCCCACCUUUGCUGAAAAGGCUUACAAGUGUCUGACCGUCAAUUUCUCUAGGGCGUCCCUCGCAGAGCUCCACGAGAUCGCUCAGGAUGGCUUUCUGAGCAGCUUUCCUCGAAAGCUGAUCUUCACUAAUUACCCCGACAAGAUCGGUCUGUUCUUCAUCCAGCGAGAUCCCUACAUUACGCAAACCAUGGACUCGCUGUCCAUGUCCGAUCUGGCCCAGCUUCGAGAUGACAUCUUGAAGCUGAAAAACUGCCAGGAGAUCGUACUCGAGGCGAGCACUGUGAAAGAGGGACACUCUUCUCAAGACGGCUGGUUCCAGGAAGACACAAUCAACCUGUUGAUCCGGAUUCUUACCGAGCACGGCACCGCCCCGAUGACCUUCACUGCAACCCGUCCACCAUUGUGA